UUAAGUGGUAGCCCUUCUAGGCCUCUCUCUCACUUGGACUUUGAGUUGUCUUUCCUUCAUCCCGCACCACUCCCAAUGCUGCUGCCCCAUGAGGUGACACCCUAAGCCCUAGCCCUCUCCUCAGCUUCUCUGCCCAGCUUAGGUGCACAUGGGAAAUGGCAGCCCUAGAAGAAGAGGGGCUCUGUGGAUUGUGGCAAUUAGGACCCAGGAAUGCCACAGAAUGAGCAACUGGUACAUCUUCACCUGCCUCUGACUCACCUGGUGCCCCAGGGAACAGGCACCUAGAUAAAAGGUAGGAGGGAGAGAGGGGAGUAUCCAGCUAAGCAGCAUGAAGGGACUCUCACCUACCAACAGCCUCCUGAUGCUACUGUUGCUCCUGAGCCCAGACCAUGGAGAAGAAUUGCCACUGCCUUCCAGCACUAACUGCUGCACUCAGCUCUACCGACAGCCUCUGCCAAAUAAGCUGCUGAGGAAAGUUAUCCGGGUGGAAGUACAGGAGGCUAAUGGGGAAUGCCACCUUCAGGCCUUUGUACUUCACCUGUCUCGGCGCAGCGUCUGCAUCCACCCCCAGAACGGCAGCUUAGCCAGGUGGCUUGAGCGCCAAGGGAAGAGGUUCCGGGGGACUCUGCCCAUAUGAAUUUGUGGCUGAAAAGGAAAAUGGGUUGGGGCCCUCAAGAAC